AUUGUUUAUGUUCGUCUGUAAAUUCUAGCGUGCACGUUGCUCCUCUAUAUUUUGUAAAUUUUGUAUGAAAUAAAGCAAAAAACGACAAUGUCAGCUACUGAAUCUGGUGCGGAAGCAUACACUGCCACACUCAAGGAAUUGGUAACAUUUAUGCACCCAACACAACGCCUGGACUUGAAGGCGGUAGCGUUAACACAUGUGCUAUCUUUAACGGGUUCAGAAGAUGGCAAGAAAGCCAUACUAACUCUGGAUGAUGUUUUAAUUGCGUUAUUCAACCUCACACACGAUGACAACCACACUGUAGCUAAGGAUGCCGUAUUGAGUCUUAUCAAUCUGUCUGCAGAAGAGGUGGGUGCUGUAAAGGUAUUCGAAACUGCAAAGUCGCUAACUCCGGCGUUUCCUUUGGUUUCCGAGGCUAUUAAGCAAAUAACAGAGGAAAAAUCCAAGUUAGCCGACCCCUGGUCUAUGGUGUUAAGCAACUUAACACGUAGUGAAAAGUUAGUUGAAGACAUCAUCAUUGAAUUGGAGCUGAAUAACAAAACAUUGCCAAACUUACUAAAGGCUUUCACAAAGUUAGAUUACAACAAGGAGAAAGCGAAGCUGCAUUAUUUGGCACCAAUCUUUUGUAAUUUGACGCAAAGUGGCAGAGGUCGCGAACUAGCUUGCAACGCCAAAUAUGAUUUUCUCGAGAAAAUUUUACCAUUUGCUUCAUAUGAAGACUCAAUCGUGCGUCGCGGUGGCACUAUAGGUAUUUUGAAAAAUAUUUGCUUCGAUCCUAUGUAUCACAGCAUUAUUUUAAACGAAAAGGACGAUAUACUACAUGCGAUACUCUAUCCACUUUGUGGCCCUGAAGAGUUCACAGAUGAAGAGAAUGAAAAACUGCCAAUCGAACUACAAUACCUGCCUGAAACAAAAACACGUGAGGAAGAUCCAGAUUUGCGUAAAAUGCUUUUGGAAUCACUGUUGCAGCUGUGCGCAACAAAGCGUUUUCGCGAAGUUUUGCGGUCAAAAGGUGUAUAUGAAAUACUGCGUGAAUAUCACAAAUGGGAGGCAAAAUUUGGCAAGGAUAAAGAGUGUUUGUUAGCGUGUGAGAAUGUCGUGGACAUUUUGAUCAAGAAAGAGGAGGAAAUUGGCUUGGACAACUACAAAGAGGUGGAAGUGCCCGAAGAUGUGGCUGAUAAAUUUAUAAAAGAAGAUAGUGAAUAUUUGCAGAACGUUUUAUAAUGUAAAAUUCGAUAUAAACUGGGAAUUUAUUACGUACAAAAUGUGGCAAUUAAAUUUUUAUAAUAUGUACUAAAUAA